CUCCGUCUUCUAUCCUCCCUUCCACUGAUUGUGUUAUGAAGAUUCAGUAUAUUCCUUCAUCUUCCUAUUUGCAUCAGAUCAAACCCAACCUCCAUAAAAACCCUAAAACAAAUCCAUCAUGGACUUCACGAUUUCAUCAAACACGUAAUUCAACACCAUUCUGCUCCUACAGAUCCAAUACCAGUUACUAUUACGCAUAUACGACAUGCCAACUGCAAGGAGAGGAUUCACAAUUCAAAAGAAUUUCAAAGAAACAGAGUAAAGGGGAUGAUCCCAGUCCCAGUCUUCCGAUUACAGUUUCCGGCAGGAAAAAGGGUUCUGUUGCCGGUGCAGUAGCUCUAAUAAUUGGUACAAGUAUCGGGUCGGGGAUCCUUGCUCUACCACAGAAAACUUCUCCUGCGGGGUUGAUUCCAAGUUCAAUAUCUUUGAGUUUGUGUUGGGGAUUCCUGUUGAUUGAAGCAUUGUUACUAGUCGAAAUCAAUGUGGGACUUCUUAAAAAGAAGAAGAACAUAGUGAAGAAUGAGAAUGAGUUGGAAGUGAUCUCCAUUAGAACCAUGGCUCAAGAGACAUUAGGUGAAUUGGGUGGAACCAUCGCCACUUUGACCUAUGUGUUCUUGGGGUACACAUCCAUGAUUGCUUAUGCUUCAAAAUCCGGUGAAAUUCUUUUCCAUCUGGUCAGGAUUCCGGAAUCAGUUUCCGGGGUUUUCUUCACCAUGCUCUUUGCAAUUCUCAUUUCCAUUGGAGGAACACGAACAACAGAUCAAGUGAAUCAAGUCCUGACAGUCUCAAUGAUAGGGUUGUUAGUAGCAAUUGAGGUUCUAGCGAUCUUGUUUGGAGGGUGGUCGGGAUUUGAAGGCAAUGGUGAUUGGACAAAAGUUCCAUCAACUAUUCCUGUCAUGAUAUUUUCUUUGGUUUAUCAUGAUUUAGCUCCUGUUCUUUGUGCUUAUUUGGAUGGUGAUAUUGAACGCAUAAGGACUUCAGUUAUUCUUGGUAGUAUUGUACCUUUGGUAGGACUCUUGGUUUGGAACGCGAUAGCUCUUGGUCUCUCGAGUCAAACUGAGCCCCUCAUCGACCCAGUUGAGUUGCUCAUGAGGCAAAAAUGGGAUGGAGUUGAGGUCAUGGUAGAGGCAUUUUCACUUCUAGCAGUUGGGACAUCAAUAAUAGGAACCCUCCUAAGCUUCUCUCAGUUCUUCAAAGAGCAAAUAGUCAAUAAUUUGACUUGGGGUUCUUCAUCAUCAUCACAGAAAUCAAGAACCGAGUUAAGUGGGAUGGUGGGAAAGUGGUGGAAAAACAAUAGAACCGGUUUCACAGCCACAGCUAUGGUUGUUGCUCCAUCUCUUUUUGUGUCUACUACUGUUCCAGACGUGUUCUCUUCUGCUACAGACAUUGCCGGAGGCUACUGCAUGACAAUGUUGUAUGGAGUACUUCCACCAGCUAUGGCAUGGGCUAUGCAUGAUGAUGAUGAUGAUGAUGAUGAUAAAGGAAUAUCAAGAACAAGACCAGUCAUACUUGCGAUUGGACUAUUUGCUUGUGGAUUCAUAAUGGAACAAAUGUUUAUUGAUCUAUCAAUCUGGUGGAAUCAUAGUGUAUAA